CUGCCGAGAGCAGUCGGCGGGCGGGCGGUGACGGGGAAGGAGGGGGUGCGCGCUGGCAGGAGCAGCAGCCCCCCCCCCUAUAUAUACACAUACACACUGCUCAGUGCGCUUUUAGUGGCGGAGCCGGCCCCGGCCGUGACCAUGCUGUGCUACGUGACCAGGCCAGACGCCGUGGUGAUGGAGGUGGAGGUGGAGGCCAAAGCCAACGGCGAGGACUGCCUCAACCAGGUUUGCAGGAGGCUGGGAAUUAUAGAAGUUGAUUAUUUUGGACUGCAGUUCACUGGCAGCAAAGGGGAGAAUCUGUGGCUGAAUUUGAGGAACAGGAUUUCCCAGCAGAUGGAUGGUUUAGCUCCUUAUCGACUAAAACUAAGAGUCAAGUUCUUUGUAGAGCCCCAUCUUAUCUUACAAGAACAGACGAGGCAUAUGUUUUUCUUGCAUAUAAAGGAGGAUCUUCUGGCUGGUAAUCUCCAGUGUUCUUCAGAGCAUGCAAUUGAACUUAGUGCAUUGUUGGCACAGAUGAAGUUUGGAGACUAUAAUCAGAAUACUGCCAAGUACAAUUACGAAGAGUUGUGUGCAAAAGAGCUCACCACUACCAUUCUAGAAAGCAUUAUUGCAAAGCAUAAGCAGCUGGAAGGUCUCAGUCAAGCUUCUGCUGAAUAUCAGAUUCUACAGAUUGCAACAACACUGGAGAACUAUGGAGUAGAGUGGCAUUCAGUUAGAGACAGUGAAGGGCAAAAACUCCUUAUUGGUGUUGGACCUGAAGGCAUAUCCAUCUGCAAAGAUGACUUCAGUCCUAUCAACAGGAUUGCUUAUCCUGUUGUUCAAAUGGCAACACAGUCUGGGAAGAACGUAUAUCUGACUGUUACCAAGGAGUCUGGUAAUAGUGUUGUUCUCCUGUUUAAGAUGAUCAGUACAAGGGCAGCAAGUGGACUCUACAGAGCAAUUACAGAGACGCAUGCAUUUUACAGGUGUGACACUGUCACAAGUGCUGUCAUGAUGCAGUAUAGUCGAGACUUAAAGGGUCACCUAGCAUCUCUUUUCCUGAAUGAAAAUAUUAAUCUUGGGAAAAAAUACGUCUUUGACAUUAAAAGAACAUCAAAAGAAGUUUAUGAUCAUGCAAGACGAGCUCUUUAUAAUGCUGGCAUUGUGGAUCUUGUUUCGAGAAGUGAUCAAACCCCACCGAGUUCCCCCCUUAAGUCUUCAGAAAGUAGCAUGAACUGUGACAACUGUGAGGGUCUUAGCUGCCAACAAACAAAAGCUCUGCAAGAGAAGCUGCGAAAGCUAAAGGAGUCCAUGCUUUGUAUGGUGUGUUGUGAAGAAGAAAUCAAUUCAACAUUCUGUCCCUGUGGCCAUACAGUAUGCUGUAAGACCUGUGCUGCCCAAUUACAGUCAUGCCCUGUUUGCAGAUCUCGUGUAGAGCAUGUCCAGCAUGUGUACUUGCCAACCCACACCAGUCUUCUCAAUCUGACUGUGAUCUGAUCUGCAUGUACAGCUUAAACCGAUCAUGUACUUCUUAAACUGCACUACUAUGAAUCGCAACCAUUGAUUGUGAAGAAGGCAACCACUCUGGCACCAAUCCACGAUCAAAAGCAAAAAUACUGAAUUGUUGAACAUAUCUUUGCUCAGCAUGCCCAUGAUGGUUUGGGACAUCUUUCUGGAGCAGAACUGUUAACUGACUCAUGUUACUAAAACAGGAAAAUGACGUAUAUGUUUGUAGCAUGGCAGUGUUGCCAAAAAGCUAGGGAGCCCUGGAGAAAUGUGGUAUACACAUUGGUAUACCCAGCAAGAGCAAUGCAGCCUUUUUAUUUUACUCUUCAAAUUCUUUUUAGUACAGUCAUUCCAUUUAUUUUAAUAGUAAAACUAGCUUUUACAAAUAUCAGUUUAGUAUGGCUCAUAGUUUAUGCUUUUAGUAAACUGCUCAAAAGGGAGAACUUCUCUUAAAAAAAAAAAAGGUUCUUAAACUAUACAAGGCUUCAUCAAGCAGCUGCAUUCAAUUUUCUUAAAUAGAAAGCAAUUCUGUUCAUAUAGCUUUGGAAGGGUAGAACAAUUUUAAUUUUAUAGUGCUACAGGUGGGUCAGGAAAGUCUUCUGGUUGGUAAUGAUGUCCUCUGGAAGCACUGCUGCAGGACUUCAUUCACAGCUCUCAGUGGGUAAGGUUUCCCAUAUCCAACUUGGUUGGUUGGUAGUCUUGGGUGCUGUAGUCAGCUGCCCUUUAAGUUGGCUUUAUUUUUGGAGGCUGGUAUCAAGCUGUUAAUCAUAUACCAUUACUUCCUAAAAGAAGGGUUAUGCAUAACUUUAAAUGCUUUCUUCAGUUAAUGUCUUCAUUGGUUAGGAUAUUUCCUGCUAAAAUGUUUUUAAUCUCCACCCCCUUACGUGGGCAUUUUGGACUCCAGUUUCCUAGCAUAAUCUCCAGGAUACAGAGGAACUAGAGACCAUGUUUGGGUGCAAUACUGGCUUAAUUGAAGCUAGAAAAGUACACUGUCACUUUACUGAAACUUUCUGACUAUACUUUUCAUAUUGCCUUAAUGUAGCAGUAAGUGUGUUUAUGCAUCUGUUUCUUUGCACAGACAUUUUGUCAAAAUAUUAAAACUCUACUUUUUUAUGACACAUUAGCAUAUAAACCUUACUCUAAGAGGGUAUUUAUUUUUUCACUUUGUAAAGAAAAUUUUGUUUCCUCAUGAAGCAAGAGCUUUGUCCUAUAUCGUAGGCAACUUCUGUCUUUUUAUAUUCAGGUUAAUAAAGGACUUUAAAAAUCUA